UUUGAUUCUUAUUGAUGUUGACUGAAUUACUGGUAUAAACCCUGUAACUUAGUUUUGGGUAAGGAAUAUAAGAUGAAUUAACUUGAUUCAGUAAGGUUGAAAUUCAUUGAUUCAUGAAUCAUGAUUGUUGUAUAUUUAUUUUACCUUUUUUUUUUUACAGUAUUUAGCAUAUUCGAAAACCUAUGAUCUUAAGUUGGUUUUGUUGCAACUAUACUUUGUAAAUUUUUUUUCUUUUGAGGGUUGUGACUCUUGUGGGGUAUAAGUGUGCCCGGUCAAAAUGUAGGAGUAGUAAUUAAUAUGAGACGGAGGGAAUACCAUUAGUUACUUAAAAUCCGGAAUUACCCGGAUAAAGUAACUUGGAAUAUGGAAAAAUAGAACAAGAUUUGCAAGACUCGUAGAUGCAUUAGGCGUUUCCCUCGUGAGGACUAAGGAGGGUCUCCUAAUGUCGCUUUUUCCUUAAUUGUUGAUAAAUAAAUUUUCUUUUUGAUUAACUAGAUAUCUUUAAUCAGAGAAUAUUAGAAGAAAAAAUGGAUUAUAUGGGAAAAUUAAGGAUCAAGGGUUAACCCUUACAUGCCUCAAUUUCCUGUUUACAAUCAAGAUAUAUUAUAUGUUGGGGUUGUAUCAAUGUUUGAAUAGGGAUUCAAUUGUUUGAAAUUAUGUUAAGGUCUGCCUGGUGGAAUUGCCUUCUUUCCUACAAAGAAAAUGUCUUCCUUUCUGUUAAGAAAAGGCCUAUUCCUUAAUUCUGUUGCUUAUGUAAGCAAAUAACUCAAAUGGGCAGAGUUUUUCUUUCAUCAAAAGAUGUCCAGUAAAUGGUUUUCCUAUUAAAGCAGUGAUUGGAAGUGUUUCAGACUUUCAGGUACCUUCAUACUGGUAUAAUUGGAAGUCGGAUACACUUUCACCUCAUGUAUAGGAUAAAACAUUAUGCGUUUUUUCUUUAGUUAUUUUUUUAUUUAAUUUUUAUAUCCUUCUCAAUCUUUGAUCAACCAAAGAAAAUUUUCAGUAAUUCAGUAAAAAACUUAAAAAAUUGUAUAUGGCUAAUGUAACUAACUUGUUCAUUGAUGGAAAACCUUGAUCAUCAUAACGGAAGAUCUAUUAUAGCUUAAGUGUCAUGUUUGCUUUUAGAUUUAUGGUUCUCUAUCACCAUGCUCCUAAGAGUGAGAUAAUGCUAGACAUAUAACUGCUCUUUUGAAUUCUUAGCAGCAAAAAAGUGUCUUUUUUUCUCAAUUAUCUUGUUAUCAGAAUCCAAUUUGCUGCUUUGCUGGUAAUCUUUUUUAGUUUAUCUGGCUAACUGCCCUUUGCUAAUGCAAACCACUUGCAUUUAUUUCUAUUGAGUCAAUAUCUUCUACUCCAGAUGUAGAUGUAGUAGUCAGAUAUAUGAUACACUGAGAUUGCUGCUGUUUUGGAAAAACUUGUAUUCCAUUUCUUUGUUGUUGCGUGCGUGAAAAUUGGUGUUGAGUAUAAUUUUAAUCCCUGACUUGGCAUAUUAGCUCAACUUCAUGGGUAAGACACUUCAGCUGUCUGGUUUUCCUUCUACUGUGACUGUUGAAAAUGUCACCGCAUAUCUGGAGGAUAUAACUGGUAAAGAAACUGUUUAUGCUCUGAAAUUAAGGCAGUUUAAAAAUGGUGGGUCGAGAUGUUAUGCAGUUGUGCAAUUCACCUCUGUCAGGAUGGCAAGUCUUAUCCUCAGUUUCUCUCAGCCUCCGAAGAAACUUUGGUAUAAUUCCAAUUACUUGAAGGUACGAGAGUUGGAAUAUGAUAUUGUGCCCAAGCCAAGAAUUUAUCAACAUAAAAUGGACAACAUAACGCUUCAUGUUGGAUGUCAGACUUCAAAUGACAACUUCAGAGCAUUUUGGAGAGUUCAGGAUGUUUCUUUAUCAUUUGGCUCAGGAUUGAGGAAGUUAUACUUCUCCUUAGAAUAUAAUUUUAAGGAAUAUAAACUUGAACUUUCUUAUGAGAGUAUUUGGCAGAUUGAGCUAAGACGUCCACGUGCUAAUCAUUUGAAGUAUCUUCUAAUUCAGCUGUUUGGGGCUCCUCGGAUAUAUGAGAAGGAUGCAUGCUCUUUAGGACUGGCCUUUGACUAUUAUAAGGAUGGACAAGAGGAUCAAUGGGACAGGACGACAGAUUUCACCUCCUUAAGUUGUAUAGGACAAUCGUCUAUUUUAUGUUUGGAGCUUCCAUAUAACUGCCAACUACCAGACUUCAGAGCUAACUUUGCAUAUUUUAAGGAGGAUGAUGGCCAAUUUACUAUAGAAUAUGGCAGUACCUUCUCCCACAACUUGGGACUUGUUCCAAUAGUGGUUCUUCCAAGAGGGGUUGAUUUACCAUUUAAUAUCUUGUUUAAGGUAAAUAAUUUGGUUCAAUCUGGAUGUCUUCCUGGCCCAAACCUUGACCAGAGUUUCUAUCAGAUGGUUGAUCCGAGGAGAUUUGAUAUGGCCCUUAUUGAGUAUGCACUUGAAAAUCUGUAUUUUCUGAAGGAGUGCUGCUACAAUCCAGUUAGGUGGCUACGACAGCAAUACACAAAAUACCUUACAUCUAAGAGAAGUCCUGGGAAGCCAACCCUUUCAUUGGAUGCAGGUUUGGUUUAUGUACGCAGAGUUCAAAUAACUCCAUCUAGAGUGUACUUUUGUGGCCCAGAGGUGAAUGUUUCCAAUCGGGUGUUGCGAAAUUAUCCCGAUGACAUUGAUAACUUCCUUCGCAUUUCUUUUGUUGAUGAGAAUCUAGAAAAAUUAUACUCAACAGAUUUAUCUCCACGUGCCGGAAAGCGGACUGAGAUCGAUGGAAGGAUUCGUUCUGUUCUCAGUAAUGGAAUACAUAUUGGUGAUAAGAAGUUUGAGUUAUUGGCCUUUUCAUCAAGCCAAUUGAGGGAAAACUCUGCAUGGAUGUUUGCUUCUAGGCCUGGAUUGUCUGCCACAGACAUCAGAAAUUGGAUGGGUGACUUCAGAGAAAUAAGAAAUGUUGCAAAGUAUGCUGCCAGACUUGGUCAAUCUUUCGGCUCAUCCACGGAGACAACUGUUCCUAUUGAGGAAGUUGAAAUGAUACCUGAUGUGAAAGUAAAUGCUGGGAGAAAUACAUACAACUUUUCUGAUGGAAUUGGGAAGAUUUCAGCUGAUUUUGCUUGCAAAGUGGCAAAGAAAUGUGGUUACAGCUCCACCCCAUCUGCCUUCCAGAUUAGAUAUGGUGGAUAUAAGGGUGUCGUUGCUAUUGAUCCCCUGUCAUCUAAGAAGUUGUCAUUGCGAAGAAGCAUGCUCAAGUAUAAAUCAGAUAACGAUAAACUUGAUGUACUGGGACAUAGUAAAUAUCAAGCAUGCUAUAUGAAUCGUCAGAUAAUUACUCUCUUGUCCACUCUUGGAGUGCAAGAUCGUGUAUUUGAGAAAAAGCAAAGAGAAGCAUUAAAUAACCUAGAUGCAAUCCUAAAAGAUCCACUAAAGGCACAAGAAGCGUUGGAGCUCAUGUGUCCUGGGGAGGUUACAAACAUUCUCAAUGAAAUGCUUAAAUGUGGCUACAAGCCUGAUGGUGAACCAUUCCUUUCAAUGAUGUUGCAAACUUUCCGGGCUGCAAAGUUGCAGGAAUUGCUCACCAAAUCAAGGAUGUUUGUCCCACGUGGUAGAGCAAUAAUGGGAUGUCUGGAUGAAACUAAAACCUUGGAAUAUGGUCAGGUGUUUGUGCAGGUUUCAGGCUCAAAAUUUAGGAAUGUUGGUAAUGAAUUCCUCACUUGCACUGACUAUGAAUCUGAACCCAAUAACUAUGUUGUGAAGGGAAAAGUAGUUAUUGCGAAGAACCCUUGUUUACAUCCGGGUGAUGUCCGUGUUCUGAUGGCAGUAGACGUGCCUGCUUUGCGUCACAUGGUUGACUGUGUUGUCUUUCCUCAGAAAGGAAAGAGGCCUCAUCCAAAUGAAUGCUCUGGAAGUGAUUUGGAUGGUGAUAUAUACUUUGUUUGUUGGGAUGCCGAGCUGAUACCCCCUCGCCAAGAGGAACCUAUGGAUUACACUGCAGCUGAAAGCACAAUACUGGAUCAUGAUGUUACCAUGGAGGAAGUGAUUGAUUAUUUCACCAACUAUAUAAUCAACGACAGCUUAGGCAGGAUUGCUAAUGCACACACAGCCUUCGCAGAUAGGGAGCAUGCGAGGGCAAUGAGUAGCCCUUGCAUACAGCUCGCUCAACUUUUUUCGAUUGCUGUUGACUUCCCCAAAACUGGCAUCCCUGCAGUUACACCACCUUCCCUCAAAGUAAAAGAAUACCCUGAUAAGCCAACUUAUGAAUCACACAACAUUAUUGGCAAGCUUUUUAGGGAGGUCAAGGAAAGAUCCCCUAGUUCAAAAUCCAUUAGAUUAUUCACCAGUGAAAUUGCUGCGCGUUCCUAUGAUCCUGACAUGGAAUAUGAUGGCUUUGAGGAUCAUCUUGAUGAUGCUGAGUUUUACAAGAGCCAGUAUGAUUAUAAGCUAGGUAAUCUAAUGGAUUACUACGGGAUCACCACUGAAGCAGAGAUUUUGAGUGGGAAUAUUUUGAGAAUGUCGAAGUCUUUUGAUAGAAGAAACGAUGCAGAAGCUGUAACAAUGGCUGUCAGAUCCUUGAGGAAGGAAGCUCGGGCAUGGUUUAAUAAAAGCGAAUAUGACUCAGAAGGUGACGACCUGUAUGCAAAAGCAUCAGCUUGGUAUCAUGUGACAUAUCAUCCAACUUUUUUUGGCAAGUAUAAUGAAGGGAUGAAUCGGGAUCAUCUCCUUAGCUUUCCAUGGUGUGUUUAUGACAAAUUGAUCACCAUUAAGAAGAGGAACAGAUGGUCUCAUGCUUCACAGUUGGAAAGCCUGGAAUACCAAAUGAGGAAUGGAUUCAAUCUUAAUGGUUAAAGAUUGUACUUGUAUCGGUAUGUUACUGAACCUCAUCUAUCAUCCAUUUGUAAAUUUACUCGAUAUCUUUUAUCGUGCAUUGUUAUUUAGAAUCAAGAACCCUUCUGUUAAAUAUCUUGGUUUUCCUUGCUUGUCCACAUGAUAUUUAUAAAAGUGUUUCA